ACUUUCAUUCCAUUCCACGUUUUCUCUCAUCUCCCUCCAAACUACAAAUAAGUACCUGUUUCUUCUUCUUCUUCUUCUUCUUCUUCUUCUUCUUCUCACUCUCUGCAACUGCAAAUGUCGACUUUCUUAUCAAACACCAAUCAAAACCCUAACAAAUCCUUCGAGGUGAAUCAGCCUCCGUCUGAUUCUGUCUCCAGUCUCUGUUUCAGCCCCAAAGCUAACCUCCUCGUCGCCACUUCCUGGGACAACCAGGUUCGAUGCUGGGAAGUUGCUCGCAAUGUUGCCACUGCCCCCAAAGCUUCCAUCUCUCAUGAUCAACCGGUUCUGUGUUCUGCUUGGAAGGACGACGGCACCACUGUCUUCUCCGGUGGAUGUGACAAGCAAGUCAAGAUGUGGCCUCUCUUGUCUGGAGGACAACCGAUGACUGUCGCCAUGCACGAUGCACCCGUUAAAGACAUUGCUUGGAUUCCUGAGAUGAGCCUUUUAGUCACAGGAAGCUGGGACAGGACUAUCAAGUAUUGGGAUACUAGGCAGCCAAAUCCAGUGCAUACACAACAACUCCCAGAGCGCUGCUAUGCAAUGUCAGUUAAACAUCCUCUGAUGGUUGUUGGCACAGCUGAUAGAAAUAUCUUGGUCUACAACUUGCAAAAUCCUCAGGUUGAAUUCAAGAGAAUCAUUUCACCUUUAAAGUAUCAGACAAGGUGUCUCGCUGCAUUCCCUGACCAACAAGGUUUCUUGGUUGGAUCAAUAGAAGGAAGAGUUGGGGUACAUCAUUUGGAUGAUAGUCAGCAGGGUAAAAAUUUCACUUUUAAAUGCCACAGAGAGGGGAAUGAAAUAUAUUCAGUCAACUCUUUAAACUUCCAUCCUGUACACCACACCUUUGCAACUGCUGGUUCUGAUGGUGCUUUUAAUUUUUGGGACAAAGAUAGUAAACAGAGGCUUAAGGCCAUGUUAAGAUGCAGCCAACCUAUUCCUUGCAGUGCAUUCAACAAUGAUGGCUCAAUAUUUGCUUACUCAGUCUGCUAUGACUGGAGUAAAGGGGCAGAAAAUCAUAAUCCCACAACAGCAAAAACCAACAUUUACCUGCACUUGCCACAGGAGUCUGAGGUUAAGGGCAAACCACGCAUCGGUGCUACUGGUCGAAAGUAGAAAUAACCUGCUCUGGGAUGUGGUUAAUGGGCUGUGUAUACUUGGAAGAAAUCAUCAAUGAGUGCUGAUUAAAAAUUUCUGUCGCUCCUCGUUCAUGGUGCUACUGGUAGAAUGUAGAGACGACCCUACUCUAGGAUGCUGUUAAUGGACUGUGCAUACUGGUAUUAUCAAAAAGUGCUUAGAAAAAAUUUCUGUGGCUAGUCUUUCAUGGUACGACUGGUAGAAAGUAGAGAUGACCCUACUCUGGGUUGCUGUUAUUGAGUAAUUUGAGUUGUACAUACUUGGAAUAAAUUUUCGACUAAUGCUUAGUGAAUAUUCCUGUGCCUACUCCUUCAUCCAAUGUAUCUAUAUGUAUAUGGUAUAUGUAUUGUUUUGUGUGUGGUUUGUUUGUUC